GCCGCUUGCACUAAACUACUACGUUACUUUUGAGUAGACACUUCACUAAUGCCAAAAGGUUUAGUAGAAUGUUUGGUUAAAAUAACUGAGAUAUGUCUAAACGCCCAGUGCGCUCACAUACGAUUUCCAAACCAUGCAAGAUACAACCUAAUACUCAGGUUACACUUGAACGGGUAAUAGGUUUUACGUUGAACAAUAACUGCGCAGUUGCAUUCUCUGAUAAAACUGGUCUUAUUGCCCAUGCUGCUGGGUGUGUGACAGUUCUUCAUUCAUUUGAAAAUGAACGACAACAAUUUAUACAAAGUCAAAGUCGUAAAGCCAUUACAGCAGUGGAUUUUAGUUCAGAUGGGAAAUAUUUAGCCACAGGAGAAUCAGGUCAUCAACCAAUGGUUCGACUGUGGAAUGUGUCAGAUCAUUGUCAGUUAGCUGAAUUCGGUGGUCAUCAUUUUCGUGUCGUAGCUGUACGUUUCAGCCCGAACGAUCAAUAUUUAGUUAGCGUCGGUAGUCAAGAAGAUCAUACUCUGUAUGUAUGGGAUAGACAGAGUGGACAACGAGUAGCCAGCGCAAAAGUUACAAGUCGGAUCUAUGGAAUUGCUUUUAGUCCAAUGGGACAAUUUUUUGUUACAGUUGGUGUACGUUAUGUUCGUUUUUGGUAUUUAGAAAAUAAACGUAGCAAAAUUCGUGAAACUCUACCACUUCAUGGAAGAAAUGCUAUUUUAGGCGAUAUGUUCAACAGUGUAUUUACUGAUGUAUGUUGUGUUAAUUCUUCGUCGUCGUUGUCUUCUUCUUCGCCUACUUUGUCUUCCUCUCAUCCCGGUUCUACUCAAAUUCAUUCUGCUAAAUUGAAAUCUACAGCAGGAGGCGAAGGAAAAGAUCGUGAAGAUGUAACAAAUAAUAACAGUGGUAAAAUUGCAUCAGCAUCAUCAUCACCGUCUCCGGGUAUUGGCUCUACAACAACAUCAACCACAACAUCUAAUACUUUGACAUUAGUCGUAAAUACAGCUGGUCGUUUAAUACAAUUUAAUGGUCAAAGAGAUCUAGACAAAUGGGUUGAUUUAAAAACUUCUAGAGCAAACUGUAUUUCAACAAGUGGUUCAUGGGUAACUGUUGGUUGUACCACCGGUGUUUGUCUAUUAUUUGAAGCUGAAAGUUUACAAUUUAUAGCUAAACUUCCUUUACCUCAUUCGUUGGGUUCCAGUUUGCAUCUUUUUCCAGAUGUUAUUUCAAGUGGGCUGAAUGUAAAUGAACCCAUUUACCCUGAUAUUAUUGCAAUUAAAUUGGAUUGCAUACGUAAUCGUAUAAUUUGUUUUUAUAAUGAUCAUAGCAUUCAUGUAUGGGAUAUACAUGACUUAACAACAAUCAAUAAAUGUCGAUCGCAUUAUUACCAUAGUCGAGGUAUUUGGUCAGUGGAUUGUUUACCGGAACAAUGGCGACAGAAUAAUAAUAACAUCGAUAACAAUAAUAAUACGAUUCCAUUAAAUCAUUUACAAUCUUGGUGGUCGAAUGAUAUGUUUGUCACAUGUUCUGAUGAUGGAACUAUUCGAUUUUGGAAUCUUCUUGAAAAUUGUCAGUCGACAACAAAUAAUGUUACUGAUAAUGGAAUUAGAUUGUCAACAAGUGUUCCAGUCAAUUCAGAAUUUAUAGGACCUACAACGUUCGAGUGUACAGAACAACUUGCUGGAAUUAUAUACACUGAUCCAAGUCACAAAUAUCUAUGUACUAUUGAUCGUUCUUCAUUUGAAAUUACCUUGUCUAAAUUAGAAGGUGGGAUAGGUCUGUUAGGUGGACCAGGUUUUGUACCUGGUACAAAUGAUCUGGGACAAAUUGAUUCUGCACUUCAAUCACCUGCAUCACCAUCACGUCCAUCAAUCAGUGAACAUUGUCAGUUGAUUUCUAGUUUAACGUCUUCCCUUAAUACUGUUGGUGCUAGUAAUAAUACUAAUAGUAGUAACUGUACUACUGCUACUACCAAUAUCGGACCAACUUGUGUUCGUACCAUUUGUAUAAGUCCUGAUGGUCGUCAUCUAGCAGCUGGUGAUCGUGAUGGUAGUCUACGAGUUUAUUCUUUGGAGACAUUAAAAUUAUGCUAUCAGAUACCAGCUCAUGACAAUGAAAUUCUAUCGUUGAGUUUCUUUCAAUCAUAUUCAGUACCUCAACUUUUAUUGUUAUGCUCUGCAUCACGUGAUCGUAUGAUUCAUAUAUUUGAUCCGAAUAAAGAAUAUUCUCGUGUACAAACAAUAUCUGAUCAUUCGGGUGCUAUAUUUUCUGCAAAAAUCAUUGAAACAGAUGAUGGUGAAAUUCGUUUAAUCUCUUGUGGUAUGGAUAAAUCAUUAUUAUUUAGAAUACUUGAACCUGAUGAAUCUGGUCAAACAGCACAUUUCGCACUUGAACACCAUCUAGUUGGACGUCAUUCCCAAUUAGAUGCUGCUAUUACACCAAUGUUACCUAGUUCAAUAGAAAAUCGAAUGAAUUCCACAAAUCGUAAACGUUAUCUGGCUGUUGCAUGUCAAGAUAGAAGGUUACGAAUUUAUAAUGUUGUCACUGCACGUCCUAUACGAUGUUAUCGUGGAAGUUAUACUGAAGAUGGUUUUCUAGUACGUUGUUCAAUUGACCCAACUGGAUCGCUUAUUGCAACUUCAGGUUCAGAUAAACAGUUGAAUUUAUUUCAUUUACUCACGGGUGAAUCAAUUGCUACAUUAUACGGUCAUUCAGAAUUGUGUUUAGGCUUAAAAUUUCUACCUAAUCUACGUUAUUUAAUAUCGGUUAGCGCUGAUAGUUGUAUAUUUGUUUGGCGUUUAUCAGCAAAUUUAGCGCAAUAUUUACAUGAACGUAUCACUACAUCAUGUAUGUUGAAAAAUAUAUUAGGCAAUUCGAUUAGUUAUCCUCAAUUAGACGGAAUUCCAUUAGAAACAACGAAUGCAAGACUAAAAACUGGUAGAGAAGAUAAUAAUGGUUUGUUAAAUAUUAAUCGUUCCGAUUAUUAUCAUAUUCGUAAUGAUGAUAAUGAUAAUAUUGAUGUUGAUACAAAUCAAAAUAUAACAUCUCGAAAAUAUACUAGUAAACACAGCAACAGUAAUAAUAAUAGUGACGAUGUUCUAAAUGAUUGUAACAGUAUGUUAUACAACAGUGAAAUGAAUGAAUAUGAGAAUGAUGUUGACGAUGAUAAUGAUCUCGAUAACUAUGGUGAUGAUGAUGAUGAUGACGACGUAACAUCAUUUAGUCAAACAAUGCCUCCGUCUGAAUGGAAUGAAUCACUUGCAGAAUAUGAUAAAAUUGAAAACUUCGAUAACGAUGAUGAGAAUGCCGAUGAUGAUAUUGGUGGUGGUAAUGCUGACGAUGAUUAUAAUCAUGGUGAAGAUAGUGAAUUCGAUGCGUUUCCUUUAGAUGAUGUAUUAUCAGUUAAUGUUACAAAUCCUAUUACUAACCAAAUGAACCAUUUGAUGAAUAAGCAUAUUGUAACGAAACAUAAAUCUAUUGUCGAUGAAAACAAUUCAACUAAUUGGUGUGGCAAUAAUAAAAAAAAUAUUUUAUCUGCCAAUCACUUGAUUAAAUCUCAAGUUUCCGCUGCCACUGCUACUAAUUAUAAUAGUAGUAUUAGUACAGUUACAAAUUCUGUCAAUCAAAAUAAUAAUGGCAGUAGUAGUAGUAAUCGUAGUGGAGGAAAGAAGCCGGAAUUCUAUUUUAGUGUUAGCGCACUUCCAGCUUGGGCGCGCAGAAAGCUGAGUCGUCGUGAAUCAGUGACCAUUGUCCCAACCUCUUUGACACAGGUUUUGAAUAGUGAAUUUGACGUGAAUGGAUCGGAUUCAGCUAGUCAAACCUCUGUAGUAAGUGGUCCAAUAUUGCCUGUAUCGACUAGUGGUUCUUGUUCCCAUGAAACAAUAUCUAACUAUGUUUAUCCAUUGUCAUCAUCAGUCACAGCAACAAAGAGAAGAUCAAAAUGUACUCGUGUUCGCGGCAAAACAUCAACUGAAGAUAUUUCUGAAAAAGAUAUAUUAACACCAGUGUCUAGUACUACCACUACUACUGUUGUAUCAUUAUCCGUUUCCCAAUCGACAAUCUCAACCAAUAACCAUAAUCAUACACUUCAUUCACAAAUGUCUCGAUCAGAAUAUAACACUAGAGAAUAUUUUCAUUUUAAUCAGAAUGAUGAAAUCAAUUCUAACGAACAAAUAAUUCAUGAAAGAAAAAACAAUUGGUUUACACGUGCUGUUUCUGCUCCGGAUACACCUCGUUCUUGGAAAAAAGAUGCUUAUAGCGUAGAUAAUAAACGAAAUAUGAUAACAACAACACCAGUGACAUCAGGAACGACGACUACUACAACUAUAAGAACACGGAAGAUAAUUGACAGUUCUGCAAAAAAACUUAAUCCUACUCAAAGGACUGUGGAAGGAUCUUUCAUCAAUCGAGUCGCUGCUCAAAAUAGACCUAAGGAUUUGGCUUUAGAACAAUUCACACCACCAACACAUACAUAUGAAGUUUGUGCUAAUCGAUUAAAAAUGAAUGAGUCGAUUACUGGUGGAGAUUGUCCGAACGCAUUGCCAUUAUUUAACAGACCUAAAAAUAAAUCAUCUCAACAACGAUCUUACUCGGCUACGCAACUAAUUCCUUCAAGUUCUCCGAAACAACACAAUCCUCCUCCUUCUACAAUUGUUGAUGAUUCUGCCAAUCUAUAUUCAACAAAUAGUUUACAUCAUUUUCUUGAUGAUACAAAUACAAUUCAUGCUUUGAAUUACAAUUAUGGUGAUCGUUGUCAACAGCGUAAUCAGUCGAAGGAUUUACGUGCUUCUGUGGAUAUAACUUCAAAGGCUUUAUUGAUGUCAUCAAUAUCAUCAUCAAAUUAUCAUGAUUCAAAGAAUCGUUUGCCUGCUGUCAAAAAAUAUUCUUCACAAUACCUUACCACUAUGCAAGAGACAAACUGUCGAAUGAACAGUGAAUCUGUGCCCAAGAGCUCAACACAUACUUCAAACUCAACUUCGGUAAAUCACAAUGGGUUUUUUUCACAAUCAUGGGAAUAUAAGCAAUAAUAAUCAUGCUCAUACCAACUAAUUUUUUGUAGCCAGUGAUUAUAAAAAUUUUACUAACUUCAUCUAUUUUUAUUUUUAAUUAACAGUAUAAGUUUAGAUAAACUCAAGACUACAAAUGCUUCAUGUCAACUAUUUCUUACUAUUCUUUGCUCUGUUUGAUUUUUCGCUUUAUACCAUGUUGAUUUGCCAUAUUUCAUGAUGACUUAGACUAAUAUAUUUUUUCCGGUUUUAACAUUAUUUGCAACUGUUUGGACCAUAUGAUGUAAGCUGACAAACAUGAAAAUCACCGUAAUUAGCAUUUGCGUGUUGAUCAGUAUGAAAAACUAAUUGUUGGUCUGUCAUCUCACAGUCGAAUGUAGGUGUCCAUUCAUCCCGCGUUUUAUUUAUCAAGCUGAAAGUGAUCAAUAUGAUUUGAUAAUAUUCUAAACUAGAGUUUUUUCAUGUUUACUCAAAUAUGUUCACUAUUCGAAUCCCCUCUGUUUGAAACUAGUAAAAGCGAUUAAAAGGUAACUUCCCUCAUUCCAUCACUGAAGAAGUAUAUAAAAUCACAGAGCACUGGACAGCUGUUUUGUUUUAUACUACAUUUCAAUUGUGUAUCUUUUCAAAUACAUACAUAGUCGAAUAUCAGGUCUUUUGGUCUCUUCAGUAGUGCAAAUUAGGCAUUAUGUUGUAAUUUUUUUAUUCGGUUUUCCGAAUUCAAUUUACUUAGUUCUUAGUUUGCCAACUCAUUCUCUGUAUGAAAUUUGUUGACCUUUUUUACUUGAAAUAGAUUAAUUAUCUUGAUCUAUGAUUUUAAUUAAGGAAAAUGUAUAGACCACGUGAAUUGGAUUUCAAGUAAUUAUGUUCUUCUUUGUUUUUCGUUUCUUGCUCAAUUCCUAAAAGUAAUCUGUAGAGGAUAAAUUUCAGCAUUCAAUUAGUCUAAGUAAGUACAGUCUUUAUUAUAGUUGAAGGUGAACUAAUGCCGAUUAAAUAGUCAAUCUAUCAUAAUCUACAUGGAACCUGGCAUAUGUAUGCAUCAUCCUAAAUUGACAUAUCUUAUUGGCAGGACAAUAUGAAUAGGAAACAAACAGAAAUAGUAAUAUAUAAGAAACGAUAAUGGGAAAGGCUAAACAUAUGAUUCGAAAAAGACAAUGAAAAGGUACUUAUAUAGAAAUACGUCCGUGCACAUGAGUACACAGUCAAAUAUUACCUAGUAUUAUAUUUUAUGUAUUUUAUGUAGGUAUUCAGUCGGCUUUAAUCCCAUAUACUAGAAAAGGUUUCUCACAGUUCUAGUGCAAAAGAACAUAUCGAUUGUUGGAAAUUCAUCCAGAUAACUGGUCCCAAAUAAGACGAUAUACACACCAUGGAUUUCACUGCGAGCUACGUAUCACAUAUACCGAAAUUUAAUAUGUUUUCUUUGUUACCUUCUUUGAGAAAAUUUUGAUAGCACUAUUGAUUUUUUAUCUUAUGACUUUUUCAAUUUUAGUCUCAAUUUCAAGCAGAUGAUUUAAAUUCAUGUAGAUCAGCUGUCGAAUCACUUCAUGCUCUUCGUGUAGCCUUAGAUUUGGCUAUUAGUCGAUUAACUAAAUUAUCUUGUUAUAAUCAUAAAAGUGAAGAACAUACAAAUCUAUGUCAAAUUGUUACUGAACAACUUGAAUGGAGAUUUUCACGUUUACGUGCUAUGCUUGGUCUAUCACCAGUUUGUGUUGAAGCACCAGUGGCUCGUGUAUUAAUUGCAGAUAUUGUAGAACGCUUAAUUCCAGAGUUAAAGUCAGCUUCUUCAAUGCUAGACAAUACAGAUGCUUUAAACAACAGUACUAACGAUGACAAUGUAGAUAUUGAUAAUCCAGAUAGUCAAGUAAACAGUGAAAAUAAAUCACAAUUCGAAAAAGCAAUGAAUUUGUCCGAUACCUCUGUAUAUAAGAUGACCGAAAUGAAUGACAGUUCAACUAUCAUCAAUCAUAAAACUGUGAAUAUUAUUAAUCGCGAUGGUUAUAUUGACAAUACUAAUAAUAAUAAAACGAGGGAUGGGAAAAUGCGAAACGUAACUCAUUAUGAAGAACAUGAUGAUGACAAUCGUGAUGUUCAUGAAACAUUUAUGCAAGAAAAUAAGACUCUCGAAACUACAUAAAAAAAAGUUACCAUACUUUCGGUCUUUCUACAUUUGUUUUUUGUUAAUUUUGUAUUUAUUGUUUUUAUUCGACGUUUUUUAACGAAAUAUAACAGCUCUAUUUAUGGUAUGUACAUACUACUUAUUUUUCAUUUUAGUAUUGAAUUCAAUAAACUUUUGAUCAUUUGAAUUUUUUCUAAUUAUCAAAUAUUGAACAGAUGGAAACAAACACUUUUGAAAAUAUAAUAUAACGGAUACUACAUAUAUGCAUUUAGCGCCUUUUUU